UGUAAAAUGCAAUGCUUCCAUUUGCAUGCACAUUAUAAAUCUGAUUAUUAUCCCAUUUCUGUAGAUUAUUCAAGUGAUAAUGAGAUUGCAUUUCUCCUCAGUAUCCAAUAUCUCCAAUAUCUACACGCACGCACCCCCCUUUAUCUGAUGUGCUUUGUUCUUUCACAUCUGUGCAUGUGUGAAACAAAUAAUAGAAAACAGAAGUGACGAUGUGACGACAAACUACAGAAAUAAUGUGCAGCUGCAGAAGGUUGACUAAGAACCAUGUCUGGAGUCAAGAGGGAGUGAAUUUCAUGUUAUAGGAGGUGAAAAUCCUCGAAACAGCCAAGCUGAGACUGUAACCUUAUUGAACUACCGUAGACAAGGCCUGAUGUUUGAAAAGUCAUGGGGAGUUUGAUAUACUUGAUAUACGAAGAAGAAAAAAAUGCUAUAAUUCAUUUGAACACGUGUGUACUGUUAUCUCGUUUCUGGAUCACAUAGAGCCCUGUCAGAUACGGGGGGUUUAGUCCCAGGAGGAUAUGGACUCAGAGAGCCUAUUCUGGUUUCUGGGAAGUGAAUAACAAUAGUCAAUUUGACAGCAUCUUAAUAAUCUUAAUAGGCGAAGCCUCUGGUGCGCCAUAAAGUGUGUCCUGACAUGACCUUUAGAUAGCCCCUUAUAAAUAUAUAAAAAUGAUGUAGAAAUAAUUCUCGGCUUUCAAAUAUAAUAGUUAAGUUGUGGCAUUUUAUGAAGUUAUUCGGCUGUUACAUCAGAGUCGGAUAACGGUUGAAGACCUGAGCCUGAGAGACAAUGUCACACACCCUUUAUUAGCGUUGUUCUAUGAAAGCACCAGUUCUCAUUCUGAAAGUGUCAAACCCUCACUGGUAUUCACGUGAUGAGUGUUCUGACUAGAGCUGAAGUUUGGCGACUGUACCUCUGUGCUGGGAAAAAAAAAAAAAAAAAAAGAACCAAGAAAAGGUAAAGUACACUUUGAGGUCAGUCUAAAUGUGUUUGUUCUUGGGAUUCAUGUCAGAGUUGUUAGAAAGUCAACUUGAGUGAAACCGAAACAGCUGAAUCAGAGAGCCUGGGACACUGGACGAGGGGCGCAAGAAGGGGAAAGGUUGCAAGGUGCCGGAGAGGUGAGGAGAGGGAGUGGUAACGAGAGAAGGAGGGACUGGAAACGAGACACAGGGAGACGGAGAGGGAGACGUCUUUGUGUAAACCGCCGUGCUCUCCUGUUAGCAGCUCCUCAUUGGCCAGCCAGAAGCCCCCCUGUGUGAAGGAAGUAUCACCAGGGAAACUUCUUCUCGCUGCCUCUGUGCAUGUUUUCCUUCUUGCCAGGGUUAUUUUUAAAUAGCGUUCGGCUUCCUGCUCAGACUGAAGACUACAAGCCACAGCAUCCCUGUUUUGUUAUUUUCUUGGAUUUCACAAAUCGAGAAACGCUGCAGCAAUGUUCUCCUCCUCUCCUCUCCCACAGUUACAUUGCAAGCUCUUUGCAAAAAUGGGGGACGACCGACCUUUUGUGUGCAACGCUCCCGGCUGCGGACAGAGGUUUACCAACGAGGACCACCUGGCAGUACACAAACACAAGCAUGAGAUGACACUGAAGUUCGGACCAACCAGAACCGACUCUGUUAUUAUUGCAGACCAGACACCUACUCCCACUCGUUUCCUGAAAAACUGUGAGGAGGUCGGUCUCUUUAAUGAGCUGGCCAGCUCCUUUGAACAGGACGACGAUGAAAAGAGGGCCAAGAACUCGCACCCUGCUGCCAACUCUGUGGCGUUAGACAUGACUCUGCAGACGCCGUCGGACGUGAAAGUGAAAGAGGAGGCUCCCGUGGAGGUGGACUCUUCACCGCCGGACAGCCCCGACUCCGUCUCCGAGACGUCAGACAGCAACAGAGAGCCGCUGGUGAAAGCAAAGGACACGCCACCCAGGAACUCGGCUCCGACUCCCACCAUCGUGCGUCCGGGUUCUCUCCCACUACAUUUGGGUUUCGAUGCGCUUCAGCCCACGAUGCCGUCUCCCACCUCAGUCAUCACACAAGCGCCGCCUUCAAAUCGUACUUUAGGUUCACCAACCAGCCAUUACCCCAUGAUGAUGCUGCCCUCCGGGCAGGCGGUGCCGGUGCUCCCCGGUCCCGUGCAGAUGCCUUCUGUCAUUAAUCUGGCCCGACCCGUGUGCAUGGUACCCAACAUUCCCGGGAUCCCUGGUCCUCCUCUGGGAGGCAGCAGCAGCGGCUCGAACUCCCCCUCCGGCUACAGCAUCCACUCAGAGGCCAAGAUGCGUUUGAAGGCGGCGCUGUCACAGCAGAGCCCGUCGGGACACGGCAUAGGGGUCAUGGCCAUGGGCAGCAGCCCCAUGGUGCCCCAGAAGGCCGAGCAGAACCAGCUGCUGGUCCAGCAUCCAGACGCUCCGUCACCUGCACAACCUCAGGUAUCGCCGGCACAGCCCACGGGUGGGCGUCGGCGGCGGACGGCAGACGACGACCCCGACGAGCGAAGGCAGCGCUUCCUGGAGAGAAACCGGGCCGCGGCGUCACGCUGCAGACAGAAACGCAAACUGUGGGUCAGCUCCCUGGAGAAGAAGGCCGAGGAGCUCAGCACUUUGAACGUCUCGCUGUCGAAUGAAGUCUCUCUGUUGAGGAAUGAGGUGGCUCAUUUGAAGCAGCUGCUGCUGGCCCACAAGGACUGUCCUGUGACCACCCUCCAAAAGAAGACCGCCUACUUAGCUGCAGAGGAGAGCAUGAAAGACACCUCGGAGCCGACAGGUUCCCCCGCCCCGGUGAUUCAGCACAGCUCUCUGGCCCCCAGCCCCUCGGCGGGCCACAACGGCCUGAGCUCCAGGGCGGCGGCCGAGGCCAUGGCCAUGUCGGUGCUGGCGGGGAUGGGCCAGCAGCAGAGGGCCGAGAGCGGAGCCUCUCACAUCAUCAUGGCUGCACAGUCCCAAUCCGCCGCCAGAUGAUGAGCGUUCCCGCCGUGGCCCAGACUUGGCUCCUCACACAGGGGGUAGAAAAGACUCCCACCUGCCACCCAGCCAAUCUUCAAGUCUGAUUUUCACUCCCUCCCUCCCUCCCUGUUUUUUCCCCUUGCUGAUUUUUCUGCCCCCCCCCACCAACCCCCCGUGGAGCCAUCAUGCUGUGGCCUGGAGCUCAGCAGCAGCCUUCUGGGAAUGGACUGAGACUUUUGAGAGCUUCCUGUUCACUUUGCCAUAGACUACAGGGGCUGGACUCCAGUAACACCCUCCCCCGACCCUCCGUGCCUCCCUGCUCAUCUCUUCCAACCCUUCAACUCUUCACCGGACUGCAGGACUACAUCAUUCACACUGCCACCAUUUACCCCAAACACCGACCGUCACGGUUCCAACACAGAUGUCGAUCAAAUCGCAUAUUAUUAGGAAACGAACAGGGUCUCAGCAGGGAAAAGUGCCUUGUGCUGUUCGACUUCUUAUCCACACACACACACACACACACACACACACACACACACACACACACUCACACAGCACCCUGCACUGCACGCACCUCUGCGGCUCCAAAGAUGCAGUAAAAGUGUCUAGGAAUUGGUGAAUUACCAAGACCUUUAGCAAGUGACGUCAACAUGGACCCAAAUACCUGACCUCAUGCCCCCCCUCCUGGUAAAGUGUAUUAACUGUGUGUGUGAUUGUAUAUUUAUGUACAUCAGAACAUAGCAGUUUGCCUACUCCUGAUCUGAUGCAUUAUUAGCUAGAUUGUUAGCAUGUGACUUUUUCUAAUAGGGUGUUAUGUUGUUGAUACAGAAUGUGCAGCUAUAUAUAUAUAUGUUUUGUUUUUUUAAAAAAAACUAAUUGGCACAUCCUCUGAGACUAGAUUGGAAGUAUGUUGGGUUGUGAGUUCAAAUCUGUUUGUUCGAGCAGUUGCUUUUAUGACCUGAAGGGAAUUUUAACCUAUGUCAUCUUUCAUAGUUCUCCCCACCCAGGGAAAAAAAAAAAAAAACAUAAAAAUGUUGUUCUGUCAGGUGGAUUUCCUUGGAAUCAAGAAUUCUUUCUCGUGUGUGUGUGGGGGCCCUGGACUGGCUGUACCUGUCACCUUCACACUUCUCAGGAUGGUUGCACAUCCUUGCUGCUGGUUGGAAGUGCGAUGAACCCCUCAGCAUCUCUGCUCUUUACCAAACCUAAACGAAGCCAUAAUGACUAAGAAACAGGUCUACCGAUCUCCAAAGACCACCUGGUACUUGUCGUAUUGCAGGAAGUAAACAGGCCGACUGUUACUUUUCGCGUAUUUCAUGGACGCCACCUUUGGUUUGUCACUGCUUGCCACUUGCACUCGCACGCAGUCUUACAACCCGACGUCACAUCAUAUUUGCCUUAAGUUCACACUGGUGCCUCUGAUCCCCUCAACCUGAACACACACACACACACACACACACACACACACACACACACACACACACACAAACACACACACUUAUACACAGAUUAGAACAGGAGGAAAAAGACACUCGGAUUAAACGAUGAAGCCUUUAAAAGGAUUUCAAUAUAUGGUUUGCAGGAUAAAUUGAUGCGGUUCUUUUCUGUCAUCUGCUGGAGAGACAAAGAAAAGACAUUGUCAGUGCUGAAAGCUUUAAAGGGCAGAAAGAGAAAAGACAUCUUGUGGCUGUUCUCGAAACAAACGCAGACUCAAGCGGUUUGACUUUGUCGUGUUUUCCUUUUUAUAUAUAUAUAUAUUUCUGUCCCUCUCUGUGACCGUUCACACACAGGAUAUCUGUCCGCCAACACACGGACGCGUCUUUAUGCACUAAAGUAAUGCAAGUUUAUUGUCGCUUUAUAUUUCUGUUCAUUUUAAGUUUUUCAGAUUUUUUUUUUUUUUUUAAAUAAUGGUUUUCUUCUACCUGUACUGUAUACCUGAAUGGGAAUAUGCUCAGCAACUUUAAAGCCUUUGACUGAACUCUGUUAUCCCACAGUCCCCGUGGCAAACCCGGCAUUUUUACCCGACAUGCUGGCGCUAUACCCGGCCGGCAGUCCCGUAUAGACGAUUGUUCGUGUGAAAGGAAAACUCAAACUAUAUUUAGCUUUCAUGUUUUGUUUUGUUUCUUUGUUUUUUUUUUCGUGUUAAGUCGUAUCAUCGGCUUCUCUUCUGUCCUUUCUCGUCUUCCUCCGACCCUCUGUUGUAACUCUUCUGAUUGUUCUGAAUAUAGAGACUAAUUCACUUAACAAAAAGACUUUUUUUUUUGUAGCAGUUCAAAAAAGAUAAAGAAGUAAUUUCUUUCCCGCUGAAUUUGAUGUUUCGACUUUCCUUGUCUAACUUAUUUUAUUUUAUUUUUUUAAAUUGGUCAAAAAUAACAGCAUUCACCACAGUCUUCGGCCCGGUAACUUUAGAACGGCCGUGAAAAGGAGCAACUACAUUAAAAAAAAAAAAAAAAAAAAAAAUCAACAAUGUGAAGGUUGCUCUUUGUGUAUUAGUGGUUUUUUUUUCACACUCCCGUUGUUGAAUU